AUGUCUAUCUAUUCCAAUCUUUUCAUAUCUAUCUAUCUAUCUAUCUAUCUAUCUAUCUAUCUAUGUGUCAUAUUAUCUCUCACAGUUCCUAUCCAUUAUCUAUCAAGCCAUCAUAUCUCUCUAUCAAUUACUCAUCUGUUCUUGUCUAUUACAUUCUAUUUCAAUAUGUUCCUAUCUAUCUAUCUAUCUAUCUAUCUAUCUAUCUAUCUAUCUAUCACUUCACUUCUAUUUAUUUAUCCAUCUAUCUAUGACAUUCAUCUAUUUUUAUCUCUCUCUCCUCUGUCUGUCUAUCUAUCUAUCUAUCUAUCUAUCUAUCUAUCUAUCUAUCUAUCUGUCCUUUUUUUUCUCGCCAACACUUUACUUAUGAAUGAGAUAUCACCCUCCCUUUUCCCCCUUUUUCUUUUCUUUCUUUUCUUCAAUCUCUCUCUUCCUUUCUUUAGCCUUAUAUCAUCUGUCAUUCUCCCUUCUGCUCUCCUUUCCCAUUCACUUUCGAGCGCCCUUUUUUCUUUCCUCCUUUUCUCGCAGUCAAUUCAACCUCGUCGUAGCCAUGGCUUUUAA